AUGUUAGAAACCUGUAAGGGUACUGGGAGACGCUUAGUCCCAGAUACCACUUUCCCAGAAACUUCAGGCAAGAAAAGCAUGAACCCAGACUUAGAGAAAGUCAUUCUCAGACUUUUCAGCCCCCUCACUGGCCCAAUUAAGACUAAGGCUUUUGAGGUUUACCUGUGUCAGGACCUCCAUCUUUUUCUUUUACUUAGCAUGAUUUUCAGCGUUAAUCCAUCCAGGACCUUUUUUUCUAAAUGCCCUUCAAGAAACUAUUACUGCAGAAUGAAGUGCAAUUCUGAUGAACAUGCAGUUAAAUACUGUGCUGACUGGACCAUCUGUUGCAGACCAAAGAAAAUUCCACUUAAGAAAACAAAGUGGUGAAAAGUCUAUCUCCAUCUUCUUCAGAUUCUGCAAAAAGACAUUAAAAAUGUUUAAAACUCUCUUUUCUAUAUAAGAAUAAUU